UUUUUUAGGUACACUUAGAAUGGUGGUGUGUUAGAAGGUAAUAAUUUUUACGCCUAAUAUUUAACAAAAUUCAUACAGGCUUAAAGGUACAAAACCAGCCUACUAGCGUGUAGUGUUUGGCGGUAAAAGAAAAAAAUGGCAGGAUAUUAUUGGCAUAGCAUUGAAAAAAUAAAAAUGCCAGAUGGAAUACGUGCAGGAAUAGAUAAAGAUGGAGGAUAUUUGUAUGUUGGAAGAGCUUUUCAUAAUGGUGACCUUCUGCCUGCCAAAGUUGUUCCAAAUCAUCAUUGUGCUUAUGUUGCAUGGGGAGGGAAAGAACACAAAAAGAUUGAAUAUGAGAUACUAUGUAAAAGGUCUUGCACAGUGAUCUGGGAACAAGCUAAAGAUGGAGCCGUUCCUCCAGGCGCAAUUCCUGUUGGCUUCACUUCCGAUGACGAAAAACUUUACGUAGGGCGGGUCUUCCACGAUGGGACUCAGACUCCUGGAAAAGUUCACCCCAGUCACGGUGUUUGUUACAUUCCUUACGGUGGAAGUGAAAUUGGUUUUUCAUCAUACGAAGUUUUAAUACUUCAGUGAUAGAAUGAAGGCAAAGACCUCAAUAAGUAAGUCAAAGUAUAUUUUUUGAUUUGGAGACUAUAUAUAUAUAUAUAUUUUUUUGUUAUACAACCACAUCUAUAUAUAUAUGUGAAUGAA